UUCGUCUUUGUUGGUCGGAUGCUGCUUAGCUGCAGGAGGUAUCUGACCCCCACCCUCACCCCCCAGGACUGGUUCAGGACCAACUAUGUCAUGAAAAAUAAUGAUCUGUAACUUAAAUCGUCAAAACUAGGGUCUGCUCCGAAGUUUGCCGUCUGCGUAAAAGUGCGAGCUUGGAUUUUACGCACACCGGACCUGGUACGGUGAAUUCUCACACUCUAUGUGUGAACAUUUGUGACGCGGAUCGUAAAUGAGUUCAUCAGAGGGGAGGCUUUCUCCGUGAUUCUCCCUCCGUGAAACUGUCCACCUCCUGCGCCAGCCCUCCGGCUCGCGCGCGCGCGCACAGGUCUGCGCUUGCUCUGCUUCCCUGCUGAUCCAUGAGGCACUGGUUGCGAAGCCGAGCUUCAGGCUGCGCGCUGACACCCCCACCCCACGCGUGGCAGCGUUAACCGUAAAGUUAUGCUGAAAUGUGUUUCAGCCGAAUAGAUGAAACAUGCACUUCUGGAUCUGACUGCGGACGGAACCGGCUCCUCCACGCUUCCCCCUGAUGAAGUUGGGCAAGCCUGUGGACCGAGAGAUGGAGAUGAACCCUCUGUUCUUCACGGGGGCUCACGUGGUGUGGGCGCUUCUUCUCACUCCGGCAGUCUUUUGCUACGAUAAGAGCCACGCCCAUGCAGAGGAGGAGCUCUUCCAGACUCUGUUCACCGGCUACAACAAGUGGUCCAGACCCGUCCCCAACAUCUCUGAUGUGGUCAUCGUCAAGUUUGGACUCUCCAUCGCGCAGCUCAUUGAUGUGGAUGAGAAGAACCAAAUGAUGACCACAAAUGUUUGGCUGAAACAGGAGUGGAACGACUACAAACUCCGCUGGAAACCGUCCGACUACGACAACGUGACGUCCAUCAGAGUCCCGUCAGAACUGAUCUGGGUUCCAGACAUAGUCCUCUACAACAACGCUGACGGGGAGUUUGCUGUGACCCACAUGACCAAAGCUCACCUGUUCCACACGGGGAAAGUCCGCUGGGUUCCUCCUGCCAUCUACAAGAGCUCCUGCAGCAUCGAUGUGACCUUCUUCCCCUUCGACCAGCAGAACUGUAAGAUGAAGUUCGGCUCUUGGACCUACGACAAAGCCAAGAUCGACCUGGAGCGGAUCGAGAACACCGUGGACCUCAACAACUACUGGGAGAGCGGCGAGUGGGCCAUCAUCAACGCCGUGGGAACCUACAACACCAAGAAAUACGACUGCUGCCACGAGAUCUACCCGGACAUCACCUACUUCUUCAUCAUCCGGAGGCUUCCUUUGUUCUACACGAUCAACCUCAUCAUCCCCUGCCUGCUGAUCUCCUGCCUGACUGUUCUGGUCUUUUAUCUGCCCUCAGACUGUGGCGAGAAGAUCACGCUGUGCAUCUCUGUGCUGCUGUCGCUGACCGUCUUCCUCCUGCUCAUCACCGAGAUCAUACCAUCCACCUCGCUGGUCAUUCCUCUCAUCGGCGAGUACCUCCUCUUCACCAUGAUCUUCGUCACGCUGUCCAUCGUCAUCACCGUGUUCGUGCUGAACGUGCACCAUCGCUCCCCCAGCACCCACAAGAUGCCGCGCUGGGUCCACACCGUCUUUCUGGACCUGAUCCCGCGCUGGCUGUUCAUGCGCCGGCCCGCCCCCAACGGCAGGCGCCGCAGGCUGCUGCUCCUCCAGCAGGAUGGGGCGCUGGGGCGUCUGCAGCCCCGGGUGUCCGCACUGGAUAUCAGCACCUCCUCCACCUGGCUGAGGGAGGGGGCCGUGCUGGAAAAGACUGAGAGGAGCUGCUAUGAGGAUCUGGAGCUCGGGACUCUUCAGUCCUACUUCUCCUUCCGUCCUCCUUCACCCAGACCUCCGGGGCAGACCCCCCCACAGCAGCUGAAAACCCCCCAGAACAGCCAGAGCUGGCGUGAGGGGGGCGGAGGCCCCAACAGACAGAUGGGCGGAGCCAGAGUGGAUUCCCCUAAAGUGCAGUGUGCCGAGUCGGGGUCUCUUCUUUCCCCCUGCGUCAUGCGUGCGUUGGAGGGGGUGCACUACAUCGCAGACCACCUGAGGGCUGAGGACGCCGACUUCAGUGUGAAGGAGGACUGGAAGUAUGUUGCCAUGGUGAUCGACCGCAUCUUCCUGUGGAUGUUCAUCAUCGUGUGUCUGCUCGGGACAAUCGGCCUCUUCCUGCCGCCGUGGCUCGCCGGCAUGAUUUAAGGUUUUUGGGAAACUGUCAAAGGAAAACUAAAAUUCGGAUUCAGUUUGUCAUCAUUAAAGAGGAUGCUGCAGUUUAUUCUAAAUUUUAAGAUGCUUUAGUCUGAUGGGCUUCUUCCCAUCAGAAAUAAACAUUUGAGGAGAGAGUCUCUAACUGCAACGGACUCUUUUCUGGAUUUGAUCCUUUUCUUCCAUUUUCAUUGACAUGCUUCAUGUCUCAAACUCUGUCAAGUUUUCUUUCAUCAUGUCUUCCCGGCUUUGCCACGACCUCCUUACAUGUUGUUUAUCUGAUGCGAUACAUUUGGCGUCCCAAGCAGAAAUCUUCCAAUAAAUAUUUAUGUCUCUGAAUCCUGAGAGCCGAGACAAAUCACCUUCAGAAAAACGUUUUUACUCCAUAUUGAUGACUUAAAUAUUAAAGUAGAUAAAGAGUAGUGCUGUUUAACCAUGUAAAGGUGCAGGUAGAACCAUUUUAAAUACAUUAACAUGUUUAUGGUGAUGCCUUAAUUCAAGUAAACUCCAUCAGACACUCAAAAGACAUAAUUAUAUUAACAUUUAUUUUUUUUUGCAAAAUGGAACGAAGCCUGCUGGAGUCUUAAAGUUCACAUAAUUGGUGUCAGCUAUAAAAAUAAAAUGUAUGUAAUCAAUGUUUUGUUGUUUUCCAUAGCUUGAUUGCAUUUUCUAGGUUUCUAGCUGAAGUUAUGUACAGAAAAUCUGAAUAAAGACGCUUCAGAGGAUCCGUUCCCGCUCAUUUCAGUGAAGCAGCCACUUCUGACCUCUAUAGACUCUGUUUUAUCUCCCAACAAAACCAGACCUCCAAUUAUCCCAUCCAAACACAGGAGACAGCACUGGGAAGGCCAGGAUGUCCUUAUCUAAACGCCUCAGGUCUCAGUUUCAAAUGAGUCAAAGGACACAAACAGAAGACACAAAAGAAGGGUCUGGUUCAGUCAGGAGGAUAAACAGCUGUUAGGUUGGAGUGUUUGCUGCUGCUUCUGCUUUGCAGGGAGUCUGAGCUUAUUUUUAAGCUUCCAGCUGCUCUUCAUCGGGUUUGGAACAAACCCUUUCUGUUCAAUUGUUGGUUUGAAAAAGCCUUAAUUUAAGAUUUUAUUAUUAAAUACAUGUGAAGUUUAACUC